UGUAGUUAAAACCGUGCUUCUUCAAUCACUUGUAAUUGAAACCGAGGCGCAGAACCGUUAACAAGAAGCGCAAACUUGGCGGAGGUUGUCGUUGUGGCGGUGCUUUGGGGCUGGAGCUGUUGCUUGGCAGUGCGCGCGCAGUGUCUCGAGGGAGCGCAGGAAAUAGAAGCGGGCAUGCGCCAACGCGCGCGCUACACUUCAGCUGUACACGAGCGCAGAGCGCAGCGUCACGCGGACACGGAGCUGCUCGCGGACAGCAGGCAUGCAACCCAAGUUGGAAGGAUAAAACGGGGUUUCGUGGUCGCGCGUGUUCAGGUCGAGUUUUUCAUGAGCCAUGCUUGAGUUUUGAGGAAGACUGAAAGGAGACUCGCUGAGUUACAGAGUAGAAGGACUUUCUGAGCACAAUGAAGACAGUUAAGGCUCCAGGCUUAGGGCCAUACUCGAUAGGCCAUGGACUGUAAGGUGAUAGACGGAGGGAGAAGGUGUCUGCGCUGGGCCACCAUGAGGCUGCCGUACAUCUUCAUGUUCCUGCUGCUUUUCAGCGCCGGAGGUUUGCUGCUCCUUCUGCACUUACAAUACCUCACAGAAACCCUCCAUGAACAGGCUCCAGGUGGAAAGCUUAUAUUCCCACAACAGAGGCCGGACCAGUGCCCUUAUUGUCUAGACAAUAACACACACACCUCUAGUCCAAAAGGUCGAAAAAAGCUCAGUCGUGUUCGCCCAGUAAAUCUCUGGACUCAGCGCCCUCCUGUCGCUCACCCCAAAGGCGUUGCACCUCAAAUCACCAAGAACUAUCGCAAGCUCCUUCUGAAGAACUCAGCCCUGCUUCUGCAGCUCAACAGCACUGCUGCUGGCCAGGCUUCCAAUCACAUCCAAAGGUUGACCCAAAUACAGCAGUCCCGCCGCAAGCUGAUGAGAGACGUGUGUGCCAAAUACAGAAGCCUCACGAGGACCAUAAGCCGCAGGCAGGUGUCCCGCAUCUAUGUAGAGGACACACACAAGCUCCUGUACUGCGAGGUGCCCAAGGCAGGCUGCUCAAACUGGAAGCGUGUACUGAUGGUCCUGCAGGGCCAGGCGUCCUCCACAAGGGAGCUCCGACACGAACAGGUGCAUUAUGCGAACCACUUAAAGCGACUGGACUCCUUCGAUCACAAACAGAUUGCCCAUCGCCUGAAUACCUACACCAAAGUACUCUUCCUGAGGGAGCCCUUCGAGAGGCUUGUCUCAGCUUUUCGGGACAAGUUUGAAAGCCCAAACUCGUACUAUCACCCAGUGUUUGGGAAGCCCAUCAUCGCCAAGUACCGUGCUAACGCAUCGAGGUCAGCCCUGCUCACUGGAGAGGGUGUGACCUUCAAAGAGUUCAUCCAGUACCUGCUCGAUGUUCGGCGUCCUGUGGGGAUGGAUAUCCACUGGGAGCGCGUGGUGCAGCUCUGUAGCCCCUGCCUCAUAAACUACGACUUCAUUGGCAAGUUUGAGACAAUUGAAGAGGAAGCCAAUUUCCUCCUCAGGCAUAUCGGAGCGCCUGCUAACCUGACUUUCCCCAGCUUUAAAGACAGGAACCCGAAUGCAGCCAGGACAUCCUCACGCAUUACACAGGAGUAUUUUUCUCAGCUGAGUUUAAACCAGAGGCAGAAAACCUAUGACUUUUUCUAUAUGGAUUAUCUAAUGUUCAACUAUUCCAAGCCAUUCUCAGAUUUACACUGAGGAGUUUGGGAAUGUAUAGACUGAGAACGUUUCAAUUGUUGGUCUAUUGUUUGUGUUGUACUUCCUUCUAAUUAUUCAUUAUUUUCUUUAUUUAAUCUCUCUUUUUAAUGUAAUUCAUCUGUUUAUUUAUUCUGGCUUAGGCCAACUGGUUUGUGCAAGCCUACACUACUCUGUCAGAUCUCAUAAACAUGGACAUUAUCACUCAAUUUGCACUCACUUUCAGUAACCACUUCAUCCUGAUCAGGGUCGCAGUGGAUCCAGAGCCAAUCCCGAGAACACUCGGUACGAGGGAGGAAAUACACCCUGGAUGGAAUGUUAAACCAUCUCAGGGCCUAAACAGGGAUAUUAUGAAGGAAUAAAACAUGAUGGGGUGUGCUGUUAUAGGAAAACAAUUUAUGACUAGGUAGUGUGAUGUGGCACAGUGCAAUCUUUUUUUUUAACAGCACACCCCAAAGUGUUUUAUUCCUCUUAUACCACAUUAUGUGCAAUGUCUGUGUAACAGAAUAGUUUCUGUAAUCAUUUACAUGAUAACAGCUAUGAACAGUUUUACCUCACCUAGCCUCUCUUUUUCGCUCUCUUGAAGCUAAUAAGAAACAAAAAAUUUCAGCUUAAAGUAUAACUAAAAAUCACUAAGCAAAAAGCCCAAAAGAGCAGUCUAUUUUCUCCACAAUAAAACAGCAGAUGAACCAUUGGACAUCCAUCCAUUUUCUGUACUGCUUACACAGGGUCACAGGGAGCCUGGAGCCUAUCCCAUGCAGGGAACUUGGGGCACAGGGCAGGGGACACCCUGGACGGGGUGCCAGUGCAUCACAGGGCACAAUCACAUACACACUGGCACACUACAGACAAUUUAGAGAUGCCAUUCAGAUUACUGGGGGAGGAAACCGGAGUACCUGGAGGAAACCCCUAAACCACGGGGAGAACAUGCAAACUCCACACACAUAGGGUGGAGGUGGGAUUGUGAGACAAACAUGCUAACCACUAAUCCACCGUGCCCUUUAGCCCUUUUACAUGUGAACCUGAAAUGAUUUGUGCAGACAUAUUGUACUCAAUAUUAACCAACACCGCCAUCUCCCUAACUCACACGCACUGUACGAGGCUUAAAGGUACGUGGAGAAUGUUUGGAGUUAAUUAAUGGGAGAUCAACUCAACUGGGUGGUGUGAUGAAUAAAAUCUAUCCAUGUUAGCUAACAUUAUGUCUAACAUUAUUAGACAACUAUAUCGUUAACAUCAGUUAACUUUAUUUAUUAGGGAUGGCACUACAAAUAUUUUACUUAAAAUUCUCAAAAACAGCGCAAGAAAAAAAGGACAACAUUUUUUAAUUAAAAAGAUUCAGUAGACCUGCAACAAAGUGUCAAAUCUAACACUCAGUAAUGGUUAUGAUCAAGUACCGAAUGUAUGUAAAUUCUAUUUUUAUGUCACAGACAGUCGUAAAAAGCAUUUCACUGCACAUCGUACUGUGUAUGGUUGUGCGAGUGACCAAUAUAAUUUGAAUGUAAUCAUUAGAAAGUGAUUAAAUACGCUUUGUUUUGCUCUCAUGCGUGGUCAGAACUCAGACACUUUCAAACACUGAGCAGCAGAAGAUCAACAGUGAAAAUGUCGGCCAUGUGGACAUUAAACAACCAAUUUUUAAAAGGAGUAUAUCAAUAAUGUUUAACUGUUGUUUUUUUGUUUGUUUUGUUUUUUACUGCUUACUGCAGAAUCUCCUCAAAAUCCACCAUCCAGCUGAGGUUUUACAGCAGUCCCUAUUCUCCUUAAACAUGGAAAUGCUUAUUUUCCUGACUUUUAUAGACCGUUUGGACGAAUAAAUUGUUUAUUAUUGUUUAUUAUAAAAGUCCCUGUGAAUUAGUUGUUACUAUGGAAACGUAUUAGAAGGCAUACAUUAACAUGAACUUGUGAUUUGAAUUAUAGUCAGAGCUUCUGUUACAGAAGAUUAACCAACACCUUCUGACCAAUCAGAAUUGAGAAUUCAACAGUGCUGUGGUAGAGUUAAGGAUUAAUCUAUACAAAUUUUAGGAUCUAAAUGAAGUACAAAUUAUUUAUUCAUUGUUAUGGGUCAGGUUUACACUAUAGUCCAAUAUAGUGCAGAACUCAUUCAUUGUGUCUUUAAGAACUGCCUUUCCUCAUUAAUCUGAUUAUUUGUUCUAAAAUGGUCACCCAUGUUACCUUUCAUUUGUUGUGUUGAAUGUUCCUCACUUUGCACAGUUUUUGUGUCAUGAUGCCACCAGUAGCUUAAAAACACUCUGUCAUUGGGCCAUUGAUGAAUGAUGAUGUUUGAAGUCUACGAUGUGGAUGUCUGAUGUGAUUUGGUGUUCUGUACAGCCCAUAAAACACAGUGUAGCAUGCCUUUAGCCUUACAGCAUACUGCCGGUCAGAACAUAUCCUCAUUUUUACGUGUUGGGAAUGUUUGAGUUUAAAGGAAAACAUAUAAUAAUGUAUAUAUAUAUAUAUAUAAAAAAGUAUGUACCUCACAAAGUAAUGACAGCGUCUUAAUUUUAAGUCGAAUGUAUAAUGUCUAUGUGCCAUUGCCUUUUUUUUUUCUUUUUUUUUACUGUUGAUAAUGUAUUCAGAUUAGAUUAUUUAAGUAAUUUGGGGAGAUGUAUUACCAAAUUUGAACCAAAUAAACUGGUUUUAAGGUGA